AUGCAUCUUGGUACAAUAGUCAUUGAACAUCCGGGGAUUGAGCCUAUGGGCUGGAUUCAUGUUGCGAAUCGUAUCGUCAUGAGCAGCAGCACGUCGAUAUCUCGGCGAACGUCUGUCUUAUCUGCUCUAUUCGGUGGGAUGAUAAAAGCAGCCAACAGAUACGAGGCAAGUGAAAGGGAUUUAAAGGCUGCUGAGGCAGCCGUUUGUUUGCUCUCAACUCUUCAUGUUGUACUAGAGACCGACAUGGCACGUGACUCGCAGGCUGAAUAUGGUCCAAUGCGUGGCAAAGUACAACAACGGACACAGCCGGGUGUAUCAAAGGCUUCUUCAGGAGAUACUACAGGAACGACAGCUAUAUCACACGCAGCUCGUUCUUUUCUGGGAGAGAGGGUAGUUGCUGCUGAAGAAGAUGGAGAUGAGGGGCGAAUUGCUGCUCGAACAGUAUAUCAAGCUUGUGAGGAGUAUGCAGAGAGAGCUGGCGAGCCCGACGGAAUGAUGGGACUUCUUGCGCGCCUUUUCGCUUCUGCAGCGCGGCAUUAUCACUCUGAGUCAACAGACGAAUCGGUUGUUUCGAUCUCGGAGGGUACACUACCAGGACAUCCUGAAGAAUCCGACACAUCGUCGGAUAGUCCAAAUGUACGAUCAGAGAGUCCUCCGUUCACCCUAGAUGUAUUUGACCAAAGGUCGAAAGAUGGUUGUGCUGCUAGCGCAACCAUUGGUUCAAACAGUGAGGCUGGGGCGGACCCCACGGAGAGAGUAGAACUACACAGGGAAGUAGCAGCUCUCUCGUUAGAUACCUUGGCGCAUUGGGUUAGCAGGGCUGACAGUCUCGGCAGUCGUGAAGGUCUGGACAUGAGAGAGUUUGUUGUGAACAUAUGCAAGAGCGCUAGCUUCUUCUCAUUGCGGAAUUCGCCUGCAAGCUACGAUCUUCAUGCGGCCAUGGUCGAUUUUGGGUCGCUCGUUGGUCCCCUCAUAUUCCAGCAAACAAACAACUCUCAAGCGGAUGAUAAACCAGAGGGGCGAGCAGCUCUCGUUUUCACUCUGAUCACGGCGUGCCAGAAGAUGAACCCCAUUUUGAAACGUGUUUUGAGUUUUGACAGAGGCGUCUCAGUGGUGAGAACUCUUGCAAAGGCGCUACUGGAAAAGGUUGAGGAAGACAGACCAGUUCCUGACCAGAGUUCCGAAGCUUCACAUGGCCUACCUGUUGACGAUUUGGUUAGUGCAAUCAUGACUUUGUUAAGCGCAGAGAAUGCAGUUGACGUCGUGGAAAUCCUUUGCCAGUACAUCAAAGCACCACGGAAAGUAGAGACGGCAAACGUAACAAUUGCCCACCGUGCGGCAUGCCUGAUUGUUUUAAGCCGAGCGAUCAAUGUAACUCUUGGAAUUCUUGACGACAGGGAUGCGACGCGAGUGGCGAUUGCAGCAUUGUAUAAUAGGGACGUAGAUCACGCUCUCGAUCCGGUCUUUCCCCAUUUGGUCGCCGAGUUGGUACCAGAGGCGAUCUCCGAUUCACAGCAGUCUCCAAUUUGGGAACCCGACGACAGAUUGUUAGCUUCACUGCACGGAAUUACGAAGUCCGUUGAUCGCAUGUGCUUUCAUCCAAGCUUCGGAUCAUGGGGCGGCUUGUCAGAUCUCGCCACUUUACCCACAGAAAGCGUCGUCCAAUGUAGCGAAGUUAGCUCGCAGAGCACUGUCAGUGCGAAACUAUGCUUUCAUUUGUUCUGGGGCAGUGUUAUGUUGCACCGCGCUUUAGCAUCUGUUGCGAAAGUCACGUCGUUUACGUUCACCGGCCUUUGUCCGUUGAGUGAUGAGCCUGCAUCGUUUCCUUUGUCGAGUCCGUUUGUCUGCAUGAAUGCCACGGAGUCGAAAGUCGGUAAUGAUCGCUUAAGGGAGCGCCUGGAUCAUCGCCAGAAGUCAUCGAUACCACUGCUAUACACAGCGGAAUGCUUGGCGUUCCUUCAUCCGCAAACAGGAAUGCGAUCUGACGAACAAAAAGUGUUCGCAGAUCACGACCUGCUGUCGUUGAUAAGCUCUCUUGUGAAAAAUAUCGUGGAUAUCGUUUCCGACCACGUUUGUCCUGACGAGGGUAGCACAUUUAAAGCACUUCAUAGAGCGUUUCGGAAGGACUUCGUGUUUGACUCAGAAGAUCGAGUUGAAGAAGAGACAGAGCUUCGUCGGCAAAUCCGUCCUGCAAUGACAAGAGACCAAACUUCGUACGCUUGCUUGCAAUUAGCGAUGGCUUAUAUGCGUGAUAUUGGCUCUAAUCAAAUCGCACAGCUUCUAGGAACAGUUAUGGUCUCCGUAUCACACUUUUUAGCACGCCUCAAUCCACAGCAGUUAGAAGAGGCCAGGGACCUAAUGGUUGACGUUUCCAAACUCUUAUUAUUUCUACCGGACGCCUUCGGAAAACUUGGGUGUGCGAUUCGUCGCUAUUUGAAACUUUGCAUUAAGCUUUCCUUUGGGGACAAAAUCACUGAAGACUCUACCGUUGAGGCGAUGGUAUUGUUUCUUGCUCGACUGGCUGGGUUUUCGAAAGCUAUGGACGUCGGAGCUUCUUCCGGACCUGGGAUCCACCUUCUUUGCGAAUUUGCACAUGACAGCAGUGCCGAAGAUUUUUGUGAGGCUAAUGUUUUGCAGCUAUGCCUGACAAGUGACAUUGUGGUGCCUGAAGACUUCAGCAAGGAAUUUGUCGCAUGGUUACAAGAUGUGUUUCCCAAGGUAAGACUUCGUGCAUUGCUUGCAAAUCUCAUGAUACUUCCCGACGAAUCGGCAGUAGCUGUGUCAGCGCACUCUCAAUCUCUCUCGCUACUUAGUGAGGCUUGCCAGCUCUCGAAAUUCUGGAAGUACGCGGUUGUGGCAGAUCUGUAUGACCUCUUGCUCGAUCGCGACGAGUCGUUUGUGACCAAAUUAGUACGACAUUCCGUCAUGGACUCAGCCACAAUGAAUGAGAGUGUUCUUGCAAUUUUCGAGCGGGUCAUCGGAGCUGGGGAUGACGAAUCAUCCGCGAAAGUAAUCGUCAAAGUGUUUGAAUCUGCAUGCCAACUCUUCAGGGAGGACGUCGAUUCGUCAUUAGAGAGUCGGGUCAGACUAAUGACUUUUAUGGUUCGCUUGGCGACAUCACAUCGCCUAAUUGUAGGAAAGGUGUCGAAAACUCCGUCGCGAUCCCUCAUGGAACCUUUAUUUGAAUUGACGAUUGGUUAUAUGCGAGAAAUGAUGGUUGUGUUGAAAGAGACAGACGGCAGUGAUGAGUCCGCGAAGCGAAAAGUCUUGUUUCUCUGCGGUCUAGUAGACUCUUUUCUCGAUGGAAUAUAUGGCCCUGGACACUCGUAUACUUCUCAGCAUGGCGACCCGUCAAGACCUUUCAAUCAGGGUCAGAAUGCCGAUCCUGACGGAAAUGGCAGUGCGAAGCCUGAUGAGAACGAGCGAAAGUCUAGUACAAACAGUAUCCCAUCGGACCUUGACAUAUCUGCUGGAAACUCCACGAAGUCAUUGCUGUGUACAUACACAACAACUGGAAGUCAGUUUGUUGAGCAACAUUGGUACUUUUGCUAUUCAUGCGACUUAACAGGGUCUGAAGGUGUGUGUUCAGUUUGUGCACGAGUAUGUCAUGACGGAUGCGAACUGGCAUUCAGCAAGUUUAGCAGAUUCUUCUGCGACUGCGGAGCUGGUUCUGAUCCCCAGCACGAGAACGCUUCAAAUGCUAUGUCCGCAUCCGAGGAUGGAGAGGGUGGAAACUUAGCAGCACAAGAUGGUCACUCUCAGACGUUAUCGGUAAUCCAAGGGCGGAGGCGAAAACUCUGCAAAUGUUUGAAAAGCUUUCCCAGUAGGGGGGAUAGCCCAUCUUCGACUCAUGGUUCCGAGGAUCGCAAGCUGGAUUCUAUACCAGAGUGUGAGCAUGAUGUUCUCUCUGAAUUACGUUUACGAGAGUUGCUUCAUUCCGAAAUCCGGACCGCGAAGGAGGAAGGGCCGAAAUCAGAGCCAAAUAGUGUGCCGACUAUUCAAGAGUCAUUUGAACGAGUGAUGAAAUCAGCCGAGACUGCAAGAUGUCUCAUUCACACCGCCCUGGUGCUUGUAUGUGAACUGCAGCUUUCUCACUCAACAAAAAACGCUGUGUGCCUACUCCCAGAGGAGGCACAGGUUGCAGAGUCCAUUAAUCAGGCAGUUAAGACCCCACAGUACGUGCGGAUGCCGAGGACCACGAAAAUCGCAAGAUCUACGAGGGUCUUCAAGGCAGGAUGCUUCGAUAUGAAUGGAAUGCCGCCAUCUGCGGGGAGCCCAAUAAUUUGGAAGGGUUCUCUAAUCUCGUAUUCGUCAAGUAGCAGUAUCCUCGCUAUCGCUCAAAAGACGGGCAAAGUGCAGUUUAUUGAUGUCUCGGAAACGUUGCAACACACGGGAAAUCCGUUGGAGAAAGCAAUAGGGUCGAGUUACGCGCAAACUUCCGUACCGUACGACAUUUUUCAUUUAGUCUUCCAUCCCGAGAACCCGAAUUUGCUGCUCGUUGUCGGAUCGACGAGGGUAUCCGUUUUAGUGCGUGUGCCCCAAUCCGGUGGAUGUCGUUGGCAUUAUGUAGAGAUUGAGCUUGGUUUGGUGGCUUUUGACAGUGCUGAAAGCGGGAGCAUUUUGCUGGAUGCGUCUUGGGUGGAAGGCAAAGCGGCUUACGUCCUUAUAACAACAACAAACUUUGUGAAAGUGUUUGACGUGACAAAGGAUAACAUUUCUCCGUGCUUUUUCGCUAAAACUCCUGGUGUUAACGAAGCCGGAGCAAGCGUGGGAGUCCAUACGAAUGAUGGCGAAGAAGAAAUCCAUGAACCAAAUUCAACCAAGGCAGAAAAGAUUGAUGAAUGCUCCGGUCGGACUGUGCGCUGUGCAUUCGUUGUUCCGCGCUUGGUACAAUGCGAGACACAACCGAUACUUUAUUUAGUGCUCAUUACAUCAGAUAACCUCCUAUUUGUUUCCCGCUGCAAGGUUGAUGAGGCAGAUGCCCCCAAGUUUCUGAAGCUGUGUGAUUUGGGAGACACUAUUGGGGACGAGAUCAAAGACCCUUCCAUUAAUGGAGUGUUUUAUCAUCCCACGACAUCUCUCAUCAUGGUGAGUUUUAAAAAUGGUUCUCUUGUUGGCAUGGCGCUCGCUCUUGAGCCUGAAGGGGAAGAUUUCCGCGCUGCCACUCAAUGGGUACACUUUUACUCCGACGCUAUUCCCGCCGGCGACAAUGCAGAGCUAAUUCCUGUUCCAGGAUUGGAGACAAUAUUCAUGUUUUGUCGUAAAGGGCAGUCCUUGAAAUCUGGUGGGGUAUUGUCGGUGACAUCGGACAGGUCAAUGAAGAUACACUGCUUCAGUGGAAGCCCGUCUUCCUCUGUACUGGGGUUGACAACAUACGCCCCGUCGUCUGUUCUGGGGCGUUCAGCUUUUGCUGGAGGUUUUAUUCUUUUGGAUGACGGCAGUCUCCAUAGGGUUGAUGUGGCUUGCGGGCCUCCACGCCCACAAAUAUCUGAUCAGUCUAUACUAUCCACUGUCUUCGAGCGACAACGUCAACGUGCAUUGAGAGCGUCAAGGGCUCAUAAUGACGGACUGAACGGGUAUCACGCUGUACCAGAUACCGUGGGCUUCUUCGAGAAGUGUCGUCUCGUCUCCGAGCAGGUGCAAAUACUUCCACCGUUCGAAAGCAGUGAGCCGGGGCCUCUUUACGAAAGGAUGGGUGUCAUCUUAGCGGGAAGCAGCGGUGAUUGUGUUGUGAGUUCAAAAGAAAACGAGAGCUUCGAUUUCUCCGCUGCGAUAAGCAACCAGUCCAUUGUCUUAGUUGGGGCAAGAUUACGUUUCGGGGGCAGUGAGCGCUCCCGGAAUCGCGUUCCACUUGAAGUGAAAGUUUUUGGAAGGACAGUGAGAUGGCAGGCUAAAAACGGCGUAAAACGCUGGCUUGACAUACCGUUUACUGUUCCAGAGAGCACGGAAUCGCCGCAGAAGGCUCACUUCGAAUUGCUACCUCGUCGAACCAUGGGUGAGAGCAGAUUUUCAGGAGAUGGGUACCUAGCUAUUGAUUCCCUUGAGCUCUACGCCGUUAGCACAAUCGAAUUUACAGAGAGAAAGCUGUUAUAUGAGAAUGAGGAGGCGAAGCACUACGAGCAACUUAAGAAGCAAAGGGAGCCUGCAGAGGAGAGAAAUGUCAAAAAGUAUUCAGAACUGUUAAGCAUGGCGUCCCGUGGUACGCCCAAUAGCCCAAAUUCAGCGAAGUUCAGCCAAGAGCAAGUGGCUUUGCUAUCGCUUCUUAAUUCUUUGGACUCCAAGAGCUUCGCGAAGCAAACUGGAGCAGAAGCCGAGAGCGGGACUUUGUUGCUAGAAAUAAACAACCUAUGGUCGGCAGUAUUUGAGGGGUCUCCGGCGCGUGACCCGAAUUUCCUUGGCCACAUGCUGAAGCCAGUGUUGAAACUGUGCACUGGGAGCGAGGAGGCGGACGCUCUGGCAGAGUUCGCCUCCAACACCAAGGAGCUGAUGUCAAAAGCCGUGAUAUCAAGCACCGACAAGAUGCUCUGUUCAGUGGGGUGCAAUGGGGUGCUCUUGCAUGUGAACGACAUUGAACGAUCCUUAUUCGCAGUAGGUGGUUUGUGUCGUUCGCUGCUGGUCGCCGCAUCUUCUGUAGGAAAGCUAGAUCGCGAUACAUGGAAGAAAACACGAAUGGAAGUUCUACCACCACCGUCAUCUUUGUAUAUGCUUCUGAAAUGCCAUUUUGGAUUAGGACCGGCCGGAAGAUCACUUUUCACUUCGUCUUAUGCUGCGACAACCUGUGCAGUUGACAUUUUUAUGGUUGAGUUUGUCCGAGGCUGCCUUGAGCCAGAGGAUGAAACUCUGUGCACUAGCUCGAUGUUUUUUUCGCUGCUGAUACAAAUGCUGUGUUCUUUUGAUCAGCGCUUACGGCUGUUUAUAAGUCAGAGACUCCUUGAAUUGUUUGACUCAUUAGACGCAGCAGCUGAGCUUACAGGAACUCCUUUAGAGGCGGUUGUUGGGGCAUCCCUUUCGGAUCACUUGAGGACUGCGGAAACGUCUACUGAGCAUCCGAGCUCGAGUUCCGAGACAGAGAACACCAAUGAGGAGACUGAAAGUGCGCAGCGUUGGGCUUAUCGAUGCGAUAAUUGCAGGGAGGUAUGUGAUCAAGAAUGGUGGCACUGCAAUGUGUGCGAGGACUUUGACCUGUGUACAGGCUGUCUCCGCAAACCAGGCAUCUCCUUUGAUGGUCAACACAAUGAGGAACAUCUGCUUCUCCGGGGAACGGCUGGCGAUGAUUUAUCCAGUCAAGAAAGUGUACAUGGAAACGACGAAGUUUCCGACGUCACUCUGGCAGUUCAGAAGGCAUUGGGUUCCAUUUUGGAUGAGAUACUGUCCGCAGCUGCGUCUGAAAAGAGUUCAAGCAAUAUAUGGAGAUACCUUGAUGGAAUUGAAACGGUGUCGCAACUGGUUGGGAAACGAAGUCAUCCAUUGCUCAAGAGCUUCCGCGUUGAAUCUUUGUUUCAGUCGACAUUCGUGAAUUUUCUCCGCAGAGAAAGCGAGAAUGUAGGAAAUGAAAUCGAGGGCACUAGUACAGAAGCGGGCUUACGUACGAUUCCGAAAAACAUGGAACUGUUGUUUUUAGUACUAAGGAUCGCGAACUGUGCUCAAGGUGGUCUCACGCCUACUUUCCUCCACGAGUGCAGCAUUCCUGCCAGCCUUGUAAGGCUGCUCCGAAAAUUCCAUGGCAAGCUCCAAAUACUUGUUAGGUCUCUCAUUUCUGGACAACUGCAGCUGCGUAAAUCCCCUGCGGAGGAAUGCAGCCUCGUUUCCUGGGGAACGUGGAACAAUUUAAUCCCGGGGCUUGCGUACGACGUAUUACAUCAACGGAGAAGUCUUCGACCGAAUGGAAAGGUAGGGGCCCUCUACUAUCUUAACGAAGAGCUCGGGCAGGGCAACAGCUUAUUCUUAAAUUUGCUUAUUGCCGUGUUGGAAGUCCUUGAGUAUUCCUUCAAGUCCGCAUCGAGCUCCUCGAUUUUAACUCAAAUGAGUGAGACACCACGGAACGUGCUCUGUGACAUCAUUAAUUUUUGUGAAUCCACAUAUCCUUACGUACAGGAUACAACAUUGCUCAAAGAAUCGGCCCGCGCGGCGACUAGGGUUCUAUCUGCCCUCUCAUUUGAUGAUGUCAACGUCCUUAAUGACACCCUGGACAAAUACUUAUACGAAGAGCAAUGCCAACAUUUGGAAAAUGCCGUCAAAUCCAUGUCUGGAAACACGAAUCAGAUCGUAGAAUAUGAUGUUUCCGUCGAGAUUGCAACGAUUUUGGAGACAUUGCACAAAGCCGCAGAGACUCAUCCUGCAACAUGGAGAAGUUUCGUAAUCGAAAACGAUCAGGUCCUGCGGCACAUUUACGGGGCAUCUCGUCUCUUAGGCGGUCAGAUGCGAGUGAAGGCAUUACAAUUACUAGCUACAGGAUUUGCGGUCUCUGACAAGGUAGCUUCACGAGUAAUUCAGGGUCUGCGCUUUGUAGACUUUGAUGACAUCGCAUUGCCUAAUUCCUCGGAGAAUCCUGCUGAAGCCCAAGAUGACGGGAACGUUGAACACGAAGACGAACCCGAAACAGACUGCGUGUCAGCAAUAGCGUUAUCAAAAGAAAGUCAACACAGACAGCAAGUUGCAGUCUCAAUCUUCCAAGAAAAGAGCGCUGACAUACUGCAGUUCCUGGUCCACAAAGUUAUGCUAAGGUCACAGGACGCAGCUGCUAGAAGAGCAGCUUCACACAUCAUAAUCUUAGGAAUCGCCAGGGCAGCUGCGCACGUCGAGGAAGAAUCGUUUGUGACAACUAUUCAUUCUUCGUUGAUGAAAGGCAUACACCUAAUGCCUUACGCAGGAGAGCUUUCCGAUGGACUUCUGGAUUGCGUCCAGUUUUUUAUCAAGUGCUGCCAAGGUGAUCUUUUUGACCUACAAAGCGAGCCAUUGCUUACGAGUUUAUCAUUCACGGUCACAUCUUUAAUGAAGCAAAGGUGUAACCUACUCGUCUCGCAUCCGAAUGCUCGCUUAUACGGGCGGCUUUCAGCUUUGCUUGACAUUAAUGGCUAUUACCUGGAAUCAGAUCCAUGUAUGUCCUGUUCAGGAUCCGUAUGUGCCUCUUCGGAAAGCACGGAAUGCCGGCUUGACACCAUCCGUGCCGAAACAAAGUAUACGGAUUCGUCCAUUAUGCACCGGCUUCUCUCGGUUCAUGAAGUAUCGGCAAUUUCCGUGAAAGUCGUAGACCCCCGAAGAACCCGAAGAGCUAAGACGAUCGAUGUGUUGUUUUCAUCAAGGAGUGUUGCAGAUGCUGCAGAACUAAAGAGUGUUGACUUCCCCUGGAGGAAGCUAAGAUCCUUGGAGUUGGAUUCGAAAGCAACAGAGGCGUCUAUAAACCUGGUAGUUCCCAUUGCCGCUGCCAACAUCAAGUUGGAAUUCGUUGAUUUUCAUUCCUUGGCUGAGCUCCCUAGCGAGUCUUCGAGUGGGAACAUUGACAAGAGCUCAGCAGAACCAUCGAAUUCAAGACGAUCGAAUUCAAAUACCGGAAGUAAUGAGAAUUUGCAGUGCCCGAGAUGCUCACGCUCCGUCACAGACCGGCAUGGCAUUUGUCGAAAUUGUCACGAGAAUGCCUACCAAUGUCGCCAAUGCCGUAAUAUCAACUAUGAGAACCUCGACGGAUUUUUAUGCAACGAAUGCGGCUACUGCAAGCAUGGGAGGUUCGAGUUUUCUGUAAUAGGGAGACCAACUUUCGUCGCUGAACGCAUUGCGAACGAAGAAGAUAGAAAAAGGGCAUCUAAAAUUAUUGAGAAGGAAACAGGAAACGUACAUCGAUGCAUGGACCAACUUACUUCCAUGAGAUCAUCAAUUAUUCGCUCUUUGAAUUCUGGGAUUCCGACUGAAGAGGGUAGGGAGCGUACGAAGCUGCUUGGAAAUGCGAGAGUUGGUUUGGCCGACCUUCUGGACUCUGUGGCACCCCGGGCUGAAAUCGCAGUUUUAGAAGCGCUACUUGAACAAGGUCAUGCACCCCAGGAAAUCGAAGAGGCAGCCAAUUCCACCCAAGGAGGGAUCAGCAUUACUGAAGAAGUUGCCGCUGAAAGUAGCGGGUCAGCAGAUCGCAGCGACAGAGACCAAAAUAACGAUGCCGGCUCGAGCGUAGCUUCACCAGUGAACAGGAAUGAUCCAUCUCGGAGCGCUAGUGGUGACGGAAAUGUCAUCAGCAAGAGCACCACUGCCCUCGCAACAACGUACGGCAAGGAAUGCCGUUCCAUUUACACUGGCAUGAGCAGAGGUAUCCGUGUGCUGACGCUAACAAGAGCCGAACUUGUUCGAUAUGCGAACUCUGUUGGGGGCAGUCGCCUUCAGUAUGCUAAUGAAAUUGUCCUUAAAAAGAGUUUACCGAACACUGACGAUAUCGAAACUGACUCGGCGACUUCAGGACUGACGAGGUCGAUACCGAAUCAAAGAAGAGUGGCUUGCUAUGGAUGUACGCAGUCGUUCGUUUCACACUGUGUUCGCCUUGUCCAAUGUGUCCUGAGAAGGGACGGACCAGCGACCACUGCAAUACGGAGCUCUGACCUCUGCCAGUAUAUCUUGCUGGUGUGCUCCUUGUGCGAAAAGCCCGAGGUGCGUGGAAACAUGCGAGAUUUGAUAACAUAUCUUGUCAAUGAUAAUCUACAUGCGACCCAGCUGGUAUGCAGGGAGCUCUCCCGGAAAAUUGAAUUUUGCGUCGAUUCGUUCGAGACCGUUGACUCGCAUUCAGUUGCAAGAUUUGAAAUGGGAGUACUGGAAGCCAUUGCGACGUUGGAUGAUUCUUGUUGGGAAGAGCGCUUGAAGCUUGUGAUUCGCAUCCUGUUCAAGUCUUCCACUCAAGCGCUGACAUGCUCCUCCGUCUCAGAAAGUAUCAUUCUGCCGUGCCUGCGGGUCGCAUUGAGACUCAUGCGAACAGAUUAUGACCUAAUGGUUAUCGACAGCAAAGCCCCUGCAGAGGAAUUUUCAGGCUCGCAUGACACAGGAGAUGUAGAGCGUCCCAGUGGCCAUUCGACUGGACCCAGUGACGGUGAACCUGUAGACGACUCUAGAUCCGGCAGAAACACCCACACCAGUCAGCCUGAAGCAUCAUCCGAUGGUGACAUAAGGCGCACAUCGGAGCAGGAUGGUAGCGGAGUUGCGAACACUUCAAUUGGCUCACUUGAGGCGGUUCGAAGCAGGAUCUCUCACAUUCCCGACAAUUCUGAACAGAGCAGCUCAACAGAACCGACUUGCACCCAAACAACGGCUUCAAACUUGGAAAAUAUGUUUUCGACACCUGAAGUGCCAUCGAGCAUUGGCGGAGAAAGUGAUCUCCAUGAUUCAGGUGAUGAAGAAAACAAUACCGCCCCAAGACCACGCAGAGAUAUAAGCGCAGAAGGUCUCAGCACCCUUCUCGAGAACGAUCACGAAUCAAAGGUGGUAACUGCUGAUGUAGAUCGCUGGCUGGAAGGGAAAUUUGACCAAAGAUCCUGGAUCGCUGAGAUGACAGAGAGAUCGAACGGUCAGGAGGGAGGCAACAAACGUAGAACUGGCCCUUCCCAAUCCCGAGCACAUCUUGGAACAGUCUUCUCGCGAUGGAAGCACCUCGGGGCAGAUUCAUCGCCCGGCCUGUUCAGCCGUAAAGACAAGCCGAAGCUUAAGCCGCUUUCUAUUGAAAAAGACAACUGGGUAGUACGACUGAUGCUUCUCACUCCGUGUGCAACGGUCAGGAAGGAGGCUUGCGCACUCCUAGAGCUCAUUUGUGGUCACGAGGAAACGUUGCAACUGCAGCUUCUGGACGUGCUCACAGGGCCGGCAAUAUCUUUGGGGGCGGAUGCAGGCGAACACUCGAAAGAAUUUUUCGAUCUAUUGGAAAGGUCGCUCUCCUCUCGAAGUCAUCGCCUUUAUCUCAUUGCAAAAGGGUUCCUAUCACGUCUAGCCGAUCUCAUACGCACGAGGGCGGAGCGCUUGCUUUUAUCGGAAGCAAGUUCAGAAUCAUCGCUCCAGCUAGUUAAUUUUCUUGAAGGAUAUGCCGUCAAGCGUCUACUUUCACUGCUGCGUCAUACCCUGGACGCUAUUCCAGGACAACGGUUAUCUUUGAGAGAAAAACUGUUCAAAGUGAACGAUUACAAGCUUGUGGGGUCUCUUGAAAGGGCCUACAUCUGCAUGCGAAAGCUUAUAUCGCUGCGGACGAAAUUAACAGAUGAAUGCGGUGCUCAGCUGUGUGAGAUACUAUUAUCCCGUGACCUGUUAUUUGCUGGUCCCUCGGUACUGGCCGUUGUGUCGGCAUGCGUUGAAGAAUUGAAAACAGCAAAGGCAAGAAAAGAUGCGCAGGCGAUUGGAAUACUCUUGGAGCAGCUUUGUCUGAUGUUGUGCCCGGAGCGCAAAGAACCGAUAUGCCAUCUAUCUCUGAAAAAGGCACCGACGCAAGAAGAAUACAUACGAGGAAGCAUGUCUCGGAACCCAUACGCAUCAUCCACAUUUGACGGUCCUUUAAUGCGAGAUGUGAAGAACAAAAUUUGUAGGGACUUGGAAAUUCCAAGUCUGUUAGACGAUGAUUUUGCCAUGGAGCUCUUGGUCGCGGGGAAUCUUGUCAAGCUUGAUUUGCCAAUUAUGGCUGUGUACGACCACGUGUGGCGUGGUUCCUCAGAAGCAUCUAUGGUAUCUAAUAUGCAACCGACACAACUCACCAGAUCGUUUGGGUUGCGUCGAACCUCGCAUACACAUCCUUCUAGAGGGCAGGUUUCGAGGAGAAGCACGAUUCUCACACUUCGCAGGUUGAACUCAGAUAGAGAUGUGUCUGAGGACGACAGCAGAAGUGACGGUCGGGCAGACCCGCCUAUGGUAGUAGUCUAUCGUUUAUCAGGGCUAGACGGCGAGGCAACAGAACCUAUAGUUGAUUCCGUGCCGGCAGAAAGCAAUGACGAAGAAGAUGCAGAAAAAAUGUACGGCGAUACAAUUGUGUUUGGGGAGGUUGGAGGACUUGAAGUUCUGUUUCAGUUAUUGGCAAUUGUAGGAUCAUGGGGAGAUGAUGCUGAGACUGCUGUUCGCGCCCCAGCUUUGCGUCUGCUUCGUGCCUCUUGUGAAGUAGCAAAAAAUAGAGCUUUACUCGCAAAAAGUGCGGACACGGUAAGCACGCUUUUGGACUGUGCCGCCUCUGCAUUCGAGCAUGCACAAGGGAGCCCUACCGCCGUCUCGUCUGCCGAAUCAUUGCUUGUCGCAGCGGAGCAGAUUUUAGCGCAACAGCGAAAGGAACUGGAGUCACACGCAAGCACAAUGACGGAUACUGUAACUGUAUUUUCCCAUGAUCCAGACGAAAUCAUGUCUCGCAUCCAGGUCUUUUUGGGUCGAUUGUCCGUGGCGACGUCUCCAAAGGCCGAGAACUCAAUCCUACAUUUGCUACCGUUUCUUGUGCAAGGAGUUCCCAGUGCCAUUGGUGCUGUGUUGCAGUACUUCCAAUUUGCGUGUGAGACAAUUGAUGUUGAGAGCGAGGGACAAAGGAAGGCUCGGCAGCUUGGCACAGUUUUGUUGGCAACUCCGAAAGACCUUCGAGGUGAUAAAUUCGCCGAGCAAACCAUCCGAACAGAUGUCGCAAUGAAUGCAGUUCAGUACUUGGUCCGAAAAUUCCCAGUGCCCCGGAAUACUCACCAAGAAGAUUGGGCUGCCGCCUUGGAGUAUCCAGGCCCACCCCUUGUUCUUCGUCUUUUAACUGGUUUGAGUCUCUUCUUCGGUCCAGGGCAGGAUCAAUAUCAAUCCGGAAUCCUGUUGAAAGAAAUUCUGGGCGACGAAACAAAAAUUAUCCCGGCCUUAUGUCAGCUGGAAAUGGCAGUAUCUGGAAACGCUAUUGGGACAACCACUGAAGAGCUGUUAGACGCUUUAGGGAAAGAUGGGAAAAUCAAGAGUGAGAUAGAAAGAGAGCGAAGCGAGAUCAAGAGAGCCCGUCGAGAAGCUGCAAAAGCAUCCAGAAUGGCUAUUCUGCGGGAGACGGGAUUGUCAAAGCUUGUCAGAAAUGAGACACCCACUUCUCAACUUUCCUCGGAGAGUGUUAAAAAGGGCGAAGAGGAGCAAGUCGAAUCUGUAUUGAAGCUAAUGGAUGAAUUGCCAGAUGAAGUAGGCCCGUCUUGUGUAGUGUGCGGGGACGGCUUUCGAUGUCGACCGGAGGAUGCCCUCGCCUUCUACGUGCAUUGUCGCAAAGUGCCUUUAGAUUUAGCAGGGAGUUCUUACGCUUCGAAGGAAUCUGGUCCUGGCGAGACCUCACCGAGCGGCUCUGCUCAGAAUUCGGGUCGCUUGGAACUACAGCUUUGGGCAUCCGGCAGGUCCCGCAACCAUGGCACGUCUACUAGAACUGGUGGAAGUUCAUGCUACGCCACCGUUACUCAUCUCAACGCCAUUCACUUGUCAUGUCAUAAGGAAGCGGCAAGGGCGGACAGAUCAUCGCGCAGGGAUGAAUGGGAAGGAGCGGCUCUCAGAAAUUCUCAGACGAAGUGCAACAACCUCUUCCCGGUGCGACCUCCUGUAACACUCGAGAAGGAGGCUGGCGAUGAUCAAGCUGCAAUUCAAAAGACAGCAAGAAUGAGUUACUCAGCCGCAGUUGACAGCUACUUUGGACGCCUCUCUUCCAUCGGGCGGACUAAUUUAUCGCACUCAAAGGUUGUCAUAUAUGAUAUCGGAAGAAGUCUGCUGCGCUUCGCAGACGGGGGAACAAUGAUAUUCUCAGAGUAUGCGAGAGGUGGAGGCCCACACUCGAAUGCCUGCCUCCUUCCGCAUCUCGUUCAGCUAGCAAUACACAUGGUAGAAGUAUCACCUCAUGGUGAACAAAAGAGCUUUUUUGACGAAAGCCGGACUCUGCAAACCCAAGAGGCUGCACUGGUCAAGUUUGUAGAGGAGGAUGAGGUAGGUGACGUCACCUACUACCUUGCAUCUGCCUUAGUUCUGCAAUCUCUAGAGAAAUGGAGUACAUGUGCUACUGUUUUUCUACGACGCGGUAUCCGCGGCGGAGCCCUAAGGUUGGCCGUUCUCCUCAGGCUAAUCGCCUUUACGGAUCUAGUGAAUCGUGUGAUGAAGAGUGGAGUUUCUGUUGCCGAUGACCAGCACUGGUUGGAAUCGUUUAGAAGGCGUAUUGGGUCUGACGAAGCGUUCGCGCAAGAGUUCGGAGAUAUUGUGAACAAUCGAUGGGAAGAGUACAUUCGCUCCGUAGAUGAUGCAGAGUCUCUAUCAAUGGCUAUUUCGCGAAACUAUGAGGUUGACAAUAUGGGUCACGGAGGCCAAGGAAAGGCCUUGCACGAAUCGAUGAAGUUGUGCAUAGAAUCAGAAUGUAGUCGCCCCACAAACACUGUAAGUAAGGGUGAAUAGACUGUAGAGUUCAUUAUUUUUCAGGCGGCAACGUCAUAAACCGAGCACACAGUUGAACGCGUCUUCCUGAACCAAA